AUGAGUAUUAGUUCCGAAGACAUCGAAAACGUAAAAGUGCUUGCUAAAACAUUUUCCUUGGAUCCAAUUAUCGUAAUUGAAUGGACCGUUCCAUUUCCUCGUACUGGAAGAGGUCAGACGAAGCGCGCGCUUAUUCAAUAUAUCACGACGCAUGGAGGUAUUAACGAAUUUAAUUCCGAUGUAAUUUUCUCAUUUCAAAAUGGACGUCAACUCACAAAUUGUUUGAACGGCUUACCAGCUUGGUCGUACCACGAUCGAACCAAUCCAAAUGUUCCGGAUGUUGGAAACUGUUUUAGAGUAACGAAAGUUACUGAACGUACGGCGGAAUUGGAGGAUUACCAACAAGAAAUUAAUCAAUCAAUUAUAUUAAUUUUAUAUGUUUUAUAUGAAACAUGUAUUUUUAUUUUAAUACAAUAUUAA